GUCCCCACGUCCCUUGCACCGAUCUACGCGGUGCAAAAUCGAUUUUCGCUUGUUUGUGGCAUUCAAAGCUCGGUUCUACGUGCACGUAUGUGCCUAUUCUACCCUAGAAUCCAACAGGUGCUGAAGAAUCGAAAAGGGGAAAAGCACGCGUACUCGUUGAAAGUAUGAGCUUUUGUGGGUGGCUGAAAAUAUUCAAACGGAAACGUACAGCCAUCGACAGUGAUGAUGGUGAUGGUGGUGUUGAAUCACGGGAACGGACUAGGACAUCGAAGGGUUCCUCAGAAGGAAUGACUGCCGUGCUGAAGAAUACACACGAUAACGGCGGGGGUGGUGGGAUGCCGAAGACCAAUGGAGGCAGCAGCAGUGGUGGUGACGAGAAGAACGUGACAGGGAGAAAUGCCGGAAAAGUGAAAAGUGUCGAUGAAAUUGAUUUGGAGAAUGAUUCCUGGGCGAUGGGCGAAGAAACGGAUAAGGUGAAGACGAACGAGAGUGAUGAAGGCAACCCGCGGAACAAGACAGCGCUCAAACCAGGCCAUUCAUUGAUGGACUGGAUCCGGUUGGGUAAUUCCGGUGCCGAUCUAGCUGGAACGGGAGGUCGAGUAAGACCGGUGCAGCACUCGGAAUUGGCGAUACACAACAAACCGGGUGACAUGUGGAUGGCCAUUCGGGGGAAGGUCUACAAUGUGACCAGCUAUCUGGACUUUCAUCCUGGGGGUGUUGAUGAACUGAUGCGCGGUGCCGGAAAAGACGCCACCAACCUGUUUGACGAAGUGCAUGCUUGGGUUAACUACGAAUCCCUCCUCGCCAAGUGCUACAUCGGUCCUCUGCGAAGCACCGGCAUACUAAAACUAGUGCCAGAAGAACCAGAAAACUCCUCGAAAUCCCCAAGCAAUCCAAUGCCUCCGCCUUCACCAUCACUAUCCUUCCUAAAGCCACCCUCUCCCAGCAAGCCUUCGGUAAUUGUUACACCCACGACACCCGCAGCCCCAGCAAAGGUUUUCUCGGAAAAACGAGAUUUAUGUAGUUCCAACGAAAAUUCCCCCGCAAAAUCUCCCCCCGUUGUGCCUCGCUUCGAUUGGCUUCAAAAAACGGCUGAAGUCACGUUCAUUUUUUACACCAAAGCGCUCUGUAACCCGGCCGUUGUUGUAGAGUUCGCCAAUAACCUUGAGUUCAGCGUUCGAAUCUUCCUCGAAGGAAACGUCCUCCAUCGGUACCAGUUCCAAGUGGCAAACAAUCUCCAGUGGCCUUGUACAGUUCGACAAUCGUUGGAAGCCGGUAAGGUAGAACUUGUUUUCAACAAGCUGCUGCCUGGUCUGUGGACCAACUACGGACAAAUGGAGUAUAAGCGGACGGAAAACUACCCCAUGGAGCUGCACGAGUACGACGUGGCAACCCGAAUCGAAAUCACGCACGACUCCUGUGCAUUGCUUCUCCGGCCAAAAAACAAUUCCAUCCUACAAAGUAUUCCUAUCGGUUACCACAUCUCCAUAACGGGUACCGUCGCAAGCGGGCAGGUCCUGACGCGUAGCUUUACUCCCGUACCCUCGAUUGCCAUCCCGACGAACUGUCCGCCAACGUUUGUUCCUCUGCUGGUUAAAACCUACCUGCUGGGGGGCCUCUCCGAGCACCUGACGAGGCCGGUUCCGCUGGCCACUUCGCUACAGAUCUCGCAACCGAGUGGGAACUUCCCACUCGCCAAGCUCAAACAUCACAACCGAAUUGCCUUACUAGCCGCCGGCAGUGGGAUCACGCCGAUGCUAGCCUUACUAUGCUACCUGCUGGAGCGGAGUAGUAAUAAAAUGGAAUCCAUAAGCCUUUUGUACUUCAACAAAACCGAAGGGGACAUCUGGUGCCGAGAGAUGCUGGAUGAUUUAUGCGCCAGGGACAAAAGACUUACCGUUAAGCACUGCCUUUCGGACGUUGAUACUCAAACCACAUUGCAACCAUCAACGUUAGCGUCAGCACCAGUUUCGUCCUUGGCGGUAGCUACUACCGCUACCGAACCAGAUGACAGUAGUCGUCCUUCGUCUUCCACCAGCAUCAUUGGAGCCAGUGCGGAUACCAGUGGCGGCGACGGGCACUCGAAAGCAACCGCCACGUUGGAGCGUGGUCGCAUAUCGUUGGCCAUCGCUCAGCAGCUUACCAACGUGGAUUCCCCGCUGGCGGCAACAUUCGUCUGCCUCUGCGGGCCGAAACCGUUCAACGAGCUGGCCUGCCAAUACCUGGAACAGGCCGGCCACAACAUGAUGCAUGUGCACAGCUUUCAAGGUUGAAAAUAUGGUGGUUGAACGCGGUAAGUACUUUAGAGGUUUAGUUAAACUUUAUGGAACACGUUUUACGAUGGCUGUAGCUGAAGUGGCAGAGGCAGUAGGGAUAACAGUUGUCACUGUAUCGAGAUAAAUCCAACAAAUCCUUUUAUUUAUUUAUUCUCAUCAAUGUGUAAAGUAGGUAAAUAUCGACCGACAUGAAAAAGAGCCAUCCUUGUUAUAGACAAACAAAGGCAUUCGGUCAGGACAGUAUGUUUAUAAUACAAUGAAUGGACAAUUGAAUAGGGUUUUCGGUCUCAAUUUUAGGUUCGGUUCAAUUAAUAAUAUACAUUUUUAAAUUCCAAAA